AGAAGGGGGAGACGAAGAAGAAGUGCUCUGCCUGAUUGUGGAUCUGUUGCAGCUGACUGCUAUUGGCUGCAAGCAAUGCAUGCGUCGACGCUUCACAGGAGACCAGCUGUGCCCAAUAAAAGAGUGCUCUGCCCGCGGGACUGAACAUGAAGGACGCUCCAACCAAUGAGCAGCCAUGGUCCUGCCUCACCUUCGUCUGCUCAUCCUCCUCUUCCCAUUGUUCCAAUGCGCCUCCCUGUCUGAAAAUGACUCUCUUCCCGCUAUGGCUGCAGCGGAUCCAGUCCUGGGGGACCAGCCCUUCAUCGUAGUGUGGAACAUGCCCACAGCGAACUGUCAGAAACACCACAACAUCCAGCUCAACCUGCAGGAUUUUGGGAUCGUGGAGAACCAUAAGCAGCGCUUCCAGGGACAGAAAAUGAGCAUCUUCUAUCGGGACCGCCUGGGGUACUAUCCAUACCUCUCCCACAAUGGGAGAGAGGUGAACGGAGGACUACCACAGCUUGGUGACCUGGCCUCUCACCUUUCCCUCACAGCGCUGCAGCUGGAUUUACUGCUGCAUCCCAGUUUCUCCGGUAUGGGGGUGAUCGACUGGGAGGAGUGGCAGCCCCUGUGGGAGAACAACUUCGGAUCCAAGAUAAAGUAUCGCUGGCUGUCCAAGCUGGUGGUAAGACAGAAGAGACUGGAUCUGUCCGAGGAGAACGUAACACGGUUGGCUCGGCAGGAGUUUGAGGAAAGCGCUCGGAAGUUUAUGGAGGAGACGCUGAGGCUGGCAGUCAGGCGUCGGCCCAGAGGAUUCUGGGGCUUUUAUGGUUUCCCGUCCUGCUUUAAUAAACACAAGAGAAAGACAGAUGACACCUACACAGGACGUUGUCACAAGGGGACGAAGCAGAAGAAUGACCGACUGUCCUGGCUGUGGCGUCAGUCCACAGCUCUCUUCCCCAGCAUCUACCUGCCGCAGAGGCUGGCAGGGUCCAUGGAUGCGGCUCUGAUGAUCAGACACAGACUACUGGAGGCUUUGAGAGUGGCCUCACUGUGGCGCCCUGAGAACAGCAAUAACCAGGCCACACCUGUCCUUCCAUAUGCUCGACUGGCAUUCACACAUACUCUCAACUUUCUAAAUAAGACAGAUUUGGAGCACACACUUGGAGAGAGCGCAUCACUCGGCGCAGCUGGAGUUGUGCUGUGGGGAGAGAUGAAAUUUGCCAAAUCAAAAAAACAGUGCACCCUUCUCAGAGACUACAUCCAGGAUGUCUUGGGUCCCUUUAUUCAGUCCCUGAGGGCCGACACACUGCACUGCAGCCUCCAUCUCUGCCACAGUCAUGGCCGCUGUGCUAGGCAACACCCCGACUCUGGUCAUAGGCUAUCAUCAGCAUCCACGCCUGACCCUCAUCAUGAUACAGACACCACCUACAGCAAAUACUUCAAACGACACUUCGAGUGUCAGUGCUACUCAGGCUGGACUGGACCCCAUUGUGAGAGGGUGAAGAUGGUCGGUAGCGCACAGAACAAGGGUUGAAUGAGGUCCUUCAGUCAGCGGAGCUGUCAACAACUACAGUUGUAAUUUAAAAAGCAAUAAAUUACUCUGUAAGGUUUUAAAA